GAUAUCUUGGAGGGAUGCAUCCCUUCUCUUGAUCUGUCUCCUUAUUCUGGCUGGGUCCUAGACAGAAUAAUUGGGCAAUCAGCCCAAGAAAUUGCACCCUCUGAAAGUUCAACACCUGAAGAAUCCACUGCCCUCACAAACGGGUCUUCUCUGGAGAAGAUCAUGUCUGCUAGCCACCAGGCCUCUUCACCGCUUUCAUCUACAGAGCAGAGUGAAACAGAGGGCAACGAACAUCUCAGUCUGCUGGAAAAGGAUCGCGAAGUCCUUCUGACAGUUCUGCCGUCUAAAUUCAUGCAGUUUGAAGCCUGCAUUCGGAUGUAUGAAGAGGUACACAAGUUGAAAGCACAGGAGGCGAUAAGGCAACGGCAGCAGAAGUUUGAGCGAGUGUCGAGGGCACUGUAUGAAAUGUCGAAGGAACAACUGAAGCGCUUUGAUGAACUGAGGGAGCUAAAGCAGCGUCAGGAACUCCAAGAAUUGCGAGAAAUGAUGGAGAAGAGCUCAAAGGAGGCUCAGGGACAGCAAGAGAAGUUGAAGGAAGAACACCGACUCCGAGCAAAGGUGUUAAACCUAAAACUGCGUGAGGCAGAGCAGGAGAGGCAGCGUCAAGAAGAGCUGGAGCGUUUGCGUAAGGAAGAGGGCCAGGAAAGAUUCCGUUGCCUUUAUUCCAUCCAGGAGGAAGUGCUGCAGCUUAACCAGCAGAUUGAUCGCGAUUACAGACACAAAGACUUGCCAACAAUCGAUCUUUCUGCGUACAGUAAUCGUGGCAACCAGCUCUGUGGGUUGGUGUCAGGACUCAUCCGCACCGCCAGUGAGAGGGGUUUCCCUACUCAAGUAGAUGUGGCCAAUACUGAUCGAGCACUGCAGGAGAUGCGAGGGCUGGUAACCGGCAUGCAGCAAGAAAUCACUGCAGCUCUGGAAGAAAAAAAGAAGAGAGAUGAAGAGGAAGAGAGAGAAAAGCAGAAAGAGUUACUGAAAAAAGAGCAGAUGAAGGCUCAGACUCCUGCCCCUGCACAGCAGCUGGGGGGGAAGCCUCAGAAAGAAGGAAUUCAAGUUAAGGCAGAAGAACGUAUCAUGCAGUGGUACCAGCAGCUUCAGGAUGCUGCUGAGCAGUGCGCUGCUUCUUUCAGUGAACUUGCCGACUGUGAAAAAACUGAGGUUAAGAAGAUAAGAGAUGACUUGCAGAAAGUAGCUCUGAUCCCUGUGAGCCAGAUCGCUAGAAAAUCAGGCUCUCAUCUGAAAAUGGUAUUUGACAAGCUCAGUAACCUGCUCUCUGGAAAGACUAUUCAGUGUUUUGGAGUGACUGCAGCAGUGACUGACCAUCCAGAGGGGCUGGAUUUUGUUUGUUACAAACUUGCGGAGAGAUUUGUGAGACAAGCAGCAGAAGAAGUAUCUUCGAACCAUGAUGCAGCUUUCACAAUUGGUGCGGUGAUCUCAGGAAUCUGGGAAGCGUACCCUCGAGUUGGAGACCUCUUUCUAGCUCAUCUGCACAAAAUAUGCCCCUAUGCUGUGCCAUUUUACCCUGAGUUCAAAGAGGGGACUUCUACGAAACAAUCUCAGGGGAUGUUCGGAUAUCAUGUUGAUGAGUCCAAGUGGGAAGAGCAAGAGCAGUUUCUUAAACGGAUGGGAGGACUGAUUCGUCUUUAUGGUGCUAUCAUGCAAAUCCGCUGGCCUUACGGGAACAAACAAGGGAAUCAUCCUCAUGGACUGAACCAUGGAUGGCGCUGGCUUGCUCAGAUCUUGAAUAUGGAGCCUGUGCCAGUUGUGACAGUUACACUUCUUUUUGAUUUUCUGGAGGUGUGUGGCCAUGCUCUCAUGAAACAGUAUCAGGACCAGUUCUGGAAAAUGAUGUUGCUUAUCCAAGAAGAGUAUUGCCCAAGAAUUGAGGCGAUUACCAGCGCUGGACAGAUCGGCCCUUUAGUGCGUUUCAAGUUCUUCUUAGAGGUAUGUCUAGAGAAGAAGGAAAUUCCAGUCCCGGAGGGCACUCUGGAGCCCGCCUUUUGGAAAUCCUGA